CUCCUCCUUCCCCCGCUGCGCUCUCGGCUUGCUCUCAUUCCCCCUUCGCUCACACACUCCGGCUGCAUCCUCCCCUCUCCACUUCUACCUUCACACUCACCUCCCCGCUCCUCUCCUCUCGCCUCCUCUCUCCUCUUCGUCACCCACUAACACAUAUCAUCUCUCACAUCUCCCCGUCUGCUGUCUCCCUCUCCCCUUCACACACACUCUCUCCUCCAUCUCUUCCCAUUCCUUCCUCCUUCUCAGACACUCAACCUUGCCGUCUCGCGCAAACAAACCCUUACACACACUCAUGCUGAUUGGCAGCCAAGGACAGAUCACCCUCUCUCCCAAACCGGCGACCAGGCUUCUUGACACAGAGCUCAGCUGAGGAAGAGGACGAGGAAGAGACCAUGGAGCACAGCCACAUCUUCCCUGUUUUUUCCCCAAAUGGGAGCACCUGGAGCCCGGGGCAGCCCCCCUCCGAGGUGGCCCAGGGAUGCCCUCUCGGACCACUGCCUGUCAUCUACUACAGUGUUCUGCUCUGUCUGGGCCUACCGGCUAACAUCCUGACAGUGGUCAUCCUGUCCCAGCUGGUGCUGCGUCGUCAGAAGUCCUCCUACAACUAUCUCCUGGCUCUGGCGGCCGCUGACAUCCUAGUCCUGCUCCUGAUUGUUUUUGUCGACUUCAUACUGGAGGAUUUUAUUUUGGCCACGCCGCUGCCGCCAUCAUUAAACAACGCCGUGCAGGUCCUGGAGUUCUCCUCCAUUCACACCUCCAUCUGGAUCACCGUGCCUCUGACCAUCGACCGCUACAUCGCUGUUUGCCACCCGCUGCGCUACCACACGGUCUCCUACCCAGCCCGCACACGAAGGGUGAUAUUCGCCGUGUAUAUUGGGUGCUUGUUGUCUGCAGCUCCUUAUUACUGGUGGCCUGAGCUAUGGCACAGCCUGCCAGGAAUGGGCAGUGGUGGUGUAGGAGGAGGAGGUGAAGGAGGAGGAGAGAGCAACAGGAGAACCGUGGCCCAGCAUGUCCUGGUGUGGGCUCAUUGUGCCACCGUCUACCUCCUUCCCUGCACCGUCUUCUUCUCCCUUAACGCUGUCAUCGUACGCAAGCUACGCAAACGACGCAGCUGUUUCCGUCUCCGUGGCUACUCUACCGGCAAGACCACCGCCAUCCUCCUCGCCAUCACCUCCAUUUUCGCUGUGUUGUGGGCACCGCGAACCCUCAUGAUCCUCUACCACUUCUACUCCCCCCCUCCAGCCUCACAAGGUGCCGGCCGACUGCUCCACAUGCUCACCGAUCUGGCGAACAUGCUCGCCUUGCUCAACACCGGUGUCAACUUUUUCCUCUACUGCUUCAUCAGCAAGCGUUUCCGGGGCAUGGCGGCCAACGUGCUGCGAGCGCUGGUCCACUGCCGCAAGCAGCCGCCGCCGUUCUAUGCCAGCCACAACUUCUCCAUCACAAGCAGUCCCUGGAUCUCACCAGCCAACUCCCACUGCAUCAAGAUGUUUGUGUACCAGUAUGACAAAAAUGGGAAGCCCAUCUGCAUUUCCUCGUGAGUCUUCAGCCACCGGCAGCUGCCCCCACCGUUAGUCCUGGGGAAACAUAUUUGGGGAUUUGUCUCUAUAGCGACUAGCUUUGUCCGACUCUUUGAGGCCUGAAAAUGUCAACACGCCUGGAGAGCACAGAGGUAACGGUUUGGCUAGCUUUGAGGAAUAACAAAGUGAUAGUCUCGCAAGGUGGAAGAGCAAACAGCAGAUGCGUGCUCGGCAGGCCUGUCAUGUUCAAUUAACUAUUCACAAAGCAGCAGCCAGCAUCAGAUAGAUGUUUGCUGUUUCCUCCAUGCAAAAAAAUAAAUAAAGCUAUAGUAAGUGACUGACUUCAGCUUGAGUGAGUGACUGUUUGAGGCUAUAUCACCGCCAUCCAUCAAUGACUUUUAUGAGACACUGUUUGUUUCAGCGCUUGAGUAUAAACUGACAACUGGAUGAAUCCUUGGUGACGCAUCAAAUGGCUGGUGACAUUGGUUUCUUUAUGGACACUCUCUGUUGUGUACUGGUGACGGUGACGCGCUUCCAGCAGCUGCAUCUUUGCUUCGUUGGGAGUCAUCUCGGCAGAGCAGCGAUCCAGUCAGAGUGCGGGCACGACAGCAUUGCACCUCAAGGGGUGAUUCACUCAGGAGAAGCCACAGACAAUUUGUCCACUUGAGCAUCGUAAGGACCAUCUCCCCAGCAAAUGUAAAAACAGCGCUGGCAUAUCCAGUGUGAUAUGCAGAGUCUCAAAGGCAUGUUGAACUGGGCUUUUAUGAAACCAGCCCUCCCUGACUCUGACUCUGACUCUGACUUUCCUCAUGUGUGUGCUGAAUCUAUUCAAGCGGUGCGGAUCACCAACAAGGCAGUGCUCACCAUGAAUGUUAUCCCACCUCCAGACUCACAGGUUGUUGUAGGAUGAGUAGGUGCUUUGCUUAUUCUUUGUAAAAUAUCUAUUAAUGGAAAACUUGACUGUUAUUGUAGUUUCACAAAAGACAAAAAAAAAAAAGUGUCUUGAGGUCACUUUGGCUCCAAGGGUUCAUUAAUCCAGUAAUCAGCUUUCCAAUAUUAGGAAGAGGAAAUUUCUGCUUUUAGUAGAUAGUCCUCUGUUAACUAUUAAUGGUCCUUGAUGACUUACUGUUAGCCAUUAUCUGGAUGAAUAUAAUGAAUGUAAAUGAACAUGUCUUCAACCCUUUAGCUUUCUGGGAGACUGAGCAAGAUGAGAGAGAUAGAGAGGAAAGAAGAGUCUGUUCUCCGUCCUUUUGCUUGGUUUCACCCCUGUGCAAGGUUUCCUGUCCCAUGAUGCAACAGUGAAUCCGUUCUUAGGGCCACAGAGUCACAAAUUCAUCACAUCUUGUUCUGCUGCUGGCUGAUGCCAGCCCAGUAACAUUUAACACCAAAACAGAGUCACAUACAUCAACUGUGUCUCACUGUUACCUAGGUCCUAUGCGGUACCAAACCAUAAAUGGUAACAUACACACACACACACAAACACACACGCCUCUUGCCGUAGACAGCACACAGAGAUCAGCGCACAUCCAUUCUGCGGACACUUUGGGGCAUUAAAAGUGUUCAUCUAUCUCGCAAGAAUGGAGCCGAGCCAAAGGGUAGAUUUCUGCUAAUACCUGCCUCCAGGAACAGACACUUCAGGCUUUUUUUUAAUGGAUAAGUCUUUAAAUCUGAUUAAUGGUAGCCAGGUCUGUCAUAGCUGAUAAAGUCAUACCCUACAAAGUUCUUCUUGACACUCAAACUUCUGAGACACUUUAGGAGUGACUGCCUGUGUGUCGUUUGGUCUUUCUUUUGUGAUAGCAGCAAACUAAAAGCAAAAAGCUGUGAAUCAGGGCAAGGGUUUCACACAUCAGGUAUCAUAGCAUCCAUAGCAGCAUGAGGAGGCAGGAUGUGACGUAUACAUUCUGCUACGGAGACCACGUGCUGUUGUUUCCAGCACAUCAACACCGACGUCGAACCUUUCGUUUGUGGCACCACUUUUUCAUCCUGAGAUAUUUGUAUCCUUCAGUUUUGCACCUGUCACAGAGUUUCUAGCUUCGUCGAAAAUCCAGAGCCUCUGACUCGGACAUUUGCGUUCUCACAUGCAGACCCUCACAAGCAGACCCUCUGGAGAACAUCAUGAGAUUACCUAGACUUCAGGGCAUGUCUGAAAGUAGCUGAUAUGAAUGAAAAACACAAAAGCGUUUAGCAGUGCUGCUCUCCAUCCCAUAUGAUUUGAACAUGGCAACAGCACACAGCUGUACGGUAUCUAUUAAGAAUUCCUCAUUUUACAUAUUAUUAUGAUUUUGAACUUUUGGACUAUACACUGACCUGAAACCUCCGCUCUUUUAGUAUUGCAAUGGUCUGUAACAUGUUGCAAUAGAUCUCGGCAAUUAUCUUGUGUUUGACUCAGUUCAAAUAGGAAAUUUCACCAAAUACUGGACCCAGGUGGGCAAUGUAAAAUAUUAAUUAUCCUCCAGUUUCCAGUCAGAGCUACAUUAAAAACUGAGUUAUAACAAGUGCUGCCUUCGCACUAAUUCUGCUGGUUCAAGCAAUCGUCUUUCCAAUUACUUUUUCUAAUCAAAUAUUACUUAACAUAAUCCUCCAACUCCCCAACUCCCCCUGUUGUCAGAUCAGUUGUGCACUUAGGCCAUAACGCCGCUCUCACUUCCCAGUUCUUCGUUCCACACAAAUUCAUUUGCUUCAGAACUGCUAAAUGAACGAGGCAGUGCCGAUCGCUAACUGCUCCUCAGCUCCUUCACUCAGCGAACCUCCCACUCAUCCCUCAUUCCUCCCAAUUGAUGUCAAAUGAACUUGCUCAAAGUUAAUUGCUCAAAGUUAAUUUCACAAGUGUACUCUUUACUUUGCAUGAACCGGUUCCCUCAGACUUUUGUGCUGCAUGUGCGUACUGAGCAUAUUGCUUCCCUCCAUCAUUCCAUAUCAGAAAAUAGAUCCAUGCUGUUGGGGGGGUGGUGAGGGGGGUGGGGGGGUGAAUGUCUAGUAUCAUUCGAUGGAGAUGAACAGCCAAAGGGUCGAUAACCAGUAAUCACCAAGCAAGAUCCUUGAGCUGCCGUCCAUCAAUGUCAUUUCAUUUAGUGUAUGGGGUCUAAAAUAUGUGCUUUCAUGCAAAUCACUAGUGUCUAAUGAUCAAGUCUGGGAAUAAGAAAGAUCAUUAAGAAAGAUCCUAGGGACGGUUUUGAGCUUAUUCCAGAUCAGUGUUGCCAUGACAUUCAUUUUACUUGUUAACCCCAUCCAGUGUUUAGGCCAUGUUAAUGUGACAUUUGUGCGAGAGCCAGUGCCUCAUUCCCGCGGCCUCCGGGGAUUCGGGCAGGCAUGCUGGGAAACCAAAGUAGAGGGUUGAGAGAGAGGGUGGGGGGGUUGUCACAUGCAGGUGUUCCUUCGUCUCCCACGUGAGGAGCUCAGAAGCAGGAGGGUGGUGUGUGUCUGUGUGAGGGUGUGUGUGAGGGUGUGUGUGAGGGUGUGUGUGAGGGUGUGUGUGAGGUGGGUUGUUGCCAAGAAAUCUUCCACAUUAUGAGAGGGGAAAAAACGCCCAGCAUCCAUAUUUUCUUCAGAUAUUAAAAAGAUAACCACAUAAAUCAAUCAGAGGGGAAAAUUGUAUUUUCUCUCUCACACGUUCUGAUCUGCUCAGUUUCCUCUCUAUCUCUCUCUACCUGCUUCACUCCACAGUGUGUGUGUGUGUGUGUGUGUGUGUGUGUGUGUGUCUAUGGUUGUGUUGACAAAUUUGGGUUUAAAACCAUUGUUAUUGUUUUGGCAGAUCCUCACAAUUUUAAAGGGCUGUUUGAUGGUUAGAAUUAGGUUUUAGUUGAGAAGGUUAAUGUUAGGGGCUAGGGACUUUUAUUAUAUCAAUAAGUGUCCUCACAACUAUAGCAAGACAAGUGUGUGUGUGUGUGUGUGUGUGUGUGUGUGUGUGUGUGUGUGUGUGUGUGUGUGUGUGUGUGUGUGUGUGUGUGUGUGUGUGCGUGCGUGCGUGCGUGCGUGCGUGUGUGUGUGUAUGCACUAAGCCUGUGUUAGACAAGAGAGAAGCUUUAAAAUGUGUUUGUGCCAUAGGACCUGUAAUGUAUGAAAUCAAAUAUGUAUUUAUACUCAUGAAUGAAUAUAAUUACAUAUAGCACAGUAUUAUAAUGAUAUAUCCAUGAAUGUACAACUGACGCUUCUGGCAUUUCUGUUGGUAUUUUUCUGGUUGUGAUUUUCUACACAAUGACCUUUUUUCAGUAGACUUUUACCUCUCUCUCCAUGGCAGUGUUUCCAAACUGUGUUUUUAUUAUUGUACUGGAGUGAUUGUAGGCUUGCAGAGUUCAGUUUUUUCCUCCCAAUGAAUGUAUUGACUGUAUAAAGAGAAUGUAUUACUGUGCUGUGAGAAAGUACGCAGAAAAGUACUGGUCAAUAUAUCAAUAUUUUUGAUCAAAUAAAUGAAGUAUCUCUAAGGAUUGAGACAUAGA